CGAGUUUGCAGGGCAACACAACCCAGAUCAGGGUUUUCGUUCAAAGCCAGCUGGUCUGGCUAUAUUAAUGCAGGGCAUUUGUUUGGUUUUGUUUUUUCUUUUUUUUAUUAAGUUUUGUAAUGGUUUGAUUAACCUGGCCUACAGCUGGACCUGCAAGGUGUGACUUCCUGGGAAAGCACAAGAUCGGCACCGGUGCCAACUAGCCAACCAAAACCGCUCACUGAAACCUAAGAAGGCCUUCCUGGUGAAACCAAGGCAAACUCCAAGCUGGAUCCAGAAUAACUGAAGGAACUGUGAAUGUGGUUCAGCUACUGGAAUCUUUGAAUUGAGUGGAGCAGCCAGUAGAAGAAAGGGUUGAAGAAACACAACAGAGGGACAAAAAGCAUAAAGUUCACUGGUGAAAAAGAGAGAGAAGAAAAGACGGGGACAAUGGGGAGGAAAAAGAUUCAGAUCACACGGAUUAUGGAUGAACGCAACAGACAGGUGACGUUUACAAAGAGAAAGUUUGGCCUGAUGAAGAAAGCCUAUGAGCUGAGUGUGCUGUGUGACUGUGAGAUCGCCCUCAUUAUUUUCAACAGUACCAACAAGCUCUUCCAGUAUGCCAGCACAGAUAUGGACAAAGUAUUGCUGAAAUACACAGAAUACAAUGAGCCGCACGAGAGCAGGACCAACUCUGACAUUGUGGAGACAUUGAGAAAGAAGGGUCUAAAUGGUUGUGACAGCCCUGACCCCGAUGCAGACGAUUCGGUGGGCCACAGCCCAGAGUCAGAGGACAAGUAUCGUAAAAUCAACGACGACAUAGAUCUGCAUAUGAUCAGCAGACAGAGGCUUUGUGCAUUGAGCAAAAAGGAGAACAAAGGUGGCGAGAGCCUGGAGCUCGAGUCUGCUAUCACUCUCACUCCAUGCACAGAAGAGAAAUACAAGCAGAUUAAUGAAGAGUUUGAUCUUAUGAUCAAGACUCAGAAGAUAUCUGCUGUGCCCCCUUCCAACUAUGAUAUGUCCAUUCCCGUGAAUAACCAGAUCUACCCGGGUAACCACAACCUGCUUCCCUUGGCUCACCAUGGCCUGCAGAGAAAUAGCAUGUCACCUGGAGUCACGCACAGGCCUCCUAGUGCAGGUGGUCUGAUGGGUGCUGAUCUCUCCACUGGCAUGGGUACCAGUGCUGGUAAGGAUGGCAUCCCCUCAUACUACAGAAAUGGCUAUGGAAACCACCGCAACUCUCCUGGACUGCUGGUGUCCUCUGUAGGCAUGAACAAGAGCAUGCAGGCCAAGUCUCCUCCGCCGGUGAACCUAGGGAUGAACAGCCGUAAGCCUGACCUACGUGUGCUCAUCCCACCUGGAGUCAAGAACAACAUGCCUUCGAUUAACCAGAGAAUAAACAACUCUCAGUCUGCACAGUCACUGGCAACCCCUGUGGUUUCUGUAGCGACACCCACUCUACCAGGGCAGGGAAUGGGUGGCUACCCGUCAGCCAUUUCCACCUCAUAUGGUACUGAAUAUUCUCUGAGCAGUGCGGACCUGUCCUCUUUAUCUGGCUUUAACAGUGCCAACACUCUGCAUCUGGGCUCAAUGAGUGGAUGGCAACAACAUCAGAUCCAGAACAUGCAACACUCUGCUCUCAGUCAACUGGGAAAUUGCUCUAGCACUCACUUAUGUCAGGGUUCAAAUCUCUCCUUGCCCUCUACUCAAAGCCUGCACAUCAAGUCCGAACCUGUUUCUCCUCCUAGAGAUCGCUCCAGUAGCGCCACACCCUCCAGCUACGGCCCACUAUCAUCCCACCAGCAGCACCAGGGCCCUCCCCCACAGGGGCGGCAGGACUCUGGCCGCUCCCCAGCCGACAGUCUCAGCAGCUGUGGCAGCUCGCACGAGGGAAGCGAUCGCGACGAGCACCGUCCCGACUUCCAUUCGUCCCUGGGAUUGGGCCGACCCGGCCUGGACGAGCAUGACAGCCCAUCCAUCAAGCGAGUCCGCCUUUCAGAGGGGUGGGCCACAUGAUAUGCAACACCCCUUAAACAGCCUCAACCUCGAUCUUGACCUCCCCAUUGUGGUUCCACAGCGCCACAAAGCUCGCAAGUUCUCUUUUUCUCUCUGCCAUUUAUGACGAGUCACAAUCAUUACUCCCCCUGAUUCUCUGUUUUGCUGUAGAGAGGGGAAGAAGUACUCUAACUUACCUAUUACUUUUUUUUUUUUAUCAGAGUGUGUCUGAUAUACAUAUUGUUGUGAUUGACGGGUCAAUGGGAGGGAAAGAGAAGGAGGACUGUUGUACAACAGGGUUGGGGAGGGUUUAGUGGGCGGGGUUACUAUGCAUAACUUGUGCAGUGUGUGGAAUAAAAUGUAAAGAAUUAGCAUAAAUGCGUAUAUAUUUACACGUGUGUAAAAAAAAAAAAAAGUGUACAUGUAUGCAAAGUAACAAACCAACAAAAAGUUUCAGGUACUCUUGGAUUUUCUUUUGUAAAAGUACUUCAACUUGCCUCAGUGAUAUUCAGCCACAGGAGAAGUAUAGCAGAGAGUGGACCGUGGAGGUGACAGCUUAGCACUUGAGUUCUUGUACUAGUACAAUAUGUACAGAUUCCUUUUCUUAGAGCCACUCUCUUCAGAGGGCCCCUUCACUAAAUGCAUCUUAUGAGUGACAAAGUCAUGUUGCAGGUUCAACGUAUUGUACAUAGCGAAAAGGCAAGGACAAGGGGGACAGGUCAAGGUUGAUAAAUAUUACUGAUUUCACACAAACAAAACUGUUUUGCAAGAAUUUUGAAGGACUUUACAGUACUUGUGGGUUCCUGGGUUAAGUUAUGUGUUUCAAGACGAGAAAGACUCUCCUGCUGAAAGAAGGAAAGAGUCAAUAUCAGGACAGAGAGGAGUUGAAUAGAUGAAGGAUUUUAAAUUAAGAGCCAUAUCUAGGACUUGCAUUUGUUGUUCAGUAUUAAAAGAAGAUACCAAUAAAAAAUAUUAAAUAAAGGACAAUACACUUGCUUAUAUUUUCAUAUCAAAAGGAAUACAAUGCAAAGCAUUUUUGUGGCUUUUUGUUGUUUUUAAAAGCCAGAAUGUGUUUUGAUAGCUUUGCUUAUAUGGGAAAUGAUAGUAAACGAAUGAGAAACCUUGGGCUUUUCAACCCUAAUAAGCCAUGAAAUCUGAGACAGUGAACCCUUGCAUUGCUCGAUGUUCACCCCCCUCCCCCCUCUUUGUAGAAGUUUUGUUUUUAAAUGUGUAUUUCUAAGUAUAUUGGAUAAUAAUAUUAAGAUUUUUUUUUUUUUAAAUCUGUGAAAUUAACAUGCUUGUGUAUAGCUUUCUAAUAUAUGAAUAUAUAUGAUAAAAAAUGAUGGUCAUGACUUUUCUUUUCCCCGAGUGUGGGAUUAUGUGCAAUUGCACGUUAAUUGAAUUUUUUUUUUCCUUCUUUUUUUUUCUUUUCUCCACUGGACGGAGUAUUUCAUGUUCAGAACAUCAGUUUCAAGUUCCUCUUUCAGACGCUCCCCUGAAUAUCCCCCAUGGCUCUUUUUUGGGACUUUUAAUAAGCACAAUAAAUGUGUCUACACUAGAUCUCAUCACAACCGCUCUGCUUUUAAAACUAAAAACUCGUAAUUUCCAGUGUCACAUUGAUCAUUCGACAUUGCACUGAAAAAUUCAAAUAUAAGACAGACAGCACAGUCAUUAUUACCUCAUGACUGCUUGUUUAAGCUUGUAUCAUCAAUUACUGGAUUGUGGCUAGUUUUGUUAAAUUGAUAUGUAUAUAUAU